GAAAGUGAGAAGACAAAACACCGACGUCGUCGUCUUCUUCGUCUUUCUCCGUCCCCUUCGCUCGGAGCUCCAGUCCCAUGGCUGCUGCUAUCCCCAACCCCAAGAAUCUCAUCAAUGGCGCCGCUAGCGCCAUCGCCAUCGGAGUUGGAUCUUCUCUCCAGAAUCAUCCCCAUUUGAGUGGAGUUCGAGAAGAUAGUGCUUGCGCUUCGGCUCAUAUGAAGUGUGCUGGUGUUCUUCAAGAUUCGAUGGAUGAUCCCCCUUUUGAGGGGCGGAUCGGCUCUUCCGAUCGCGUGCAGGAGGCUUCUCCUUCGACUAGCAUGUGCUACCAGACCGCCAUUAGUGAGAGCUUUUGUAGUGAGCCCCAGUUCACGGAAGCGAAGGAUAGUUUUGUUACGGCUAGGGCCAGUGAUGGGAUCGUUGGUGUGGGGAUCGGAAAGGUUAGGGAUCUCGGUGGGGGGAGGAAUAGCAGUAGCGUCUGCAGGGCUGGAAGCACGGGCAGUGACGCGAGCGAUGAGAGUAGCUCGUAUAGCCUCGGCGGCAGCGUGAACAAACCGCAUAAAGGGAAUGACCCGCGGUGGGAGGCCAUUAGCGCCGUGAGGUCUCGGGACGGAGCGCUGGGGCUGAGCCACUUCAGGCUUUUGAAGAGGCUCGGUUGCGGGGACAUUGGGAGUGUGUACCUCUCGGAGUUAGACGGGACGAGGGCGUGCUUCGCCAUGAAGUUGAUGGACAAGGCUCUGCUGGCGAGCAGGAAGAAACUCGCGAGGGCUCAGACGGAGAGGGAGAUUCUUCAGUGCCUUGAUCACCCGUUCCUGCCCACCCUUUACACGCACUUUGAGACUGAGAAGUUCUCUUGCCUGGUGAUGGAGUUCUGCCCUGGUGGAGACCUUCAUGCACUGCGCCAAAGGCAGUCGGGAAAGUAUUUUACUGAGCAGGCAGCCAGGUUUUACGUAGCUGAAGUCCUCCUUGCAUUGGAGUACUUGCACAUGCUUGGGAUUAUAUACAGAGAUCUAAAACCAGAGAAUGUUUUGGUGAGAGAUGAUGGCCAUAUCAUGCUCUCCGAUUUUGACCUCUCUUUGCGGUGUGCAGUCUCCCCAACCUUAGUCAAAUCAUCAAAACUGGACUUCAAUUCCAAGAACUCUGGAUAUUGUGCUCAACCUGCCUGUGUUGAACCCAGUUGCAUACAGCCCUCUUGUAUUCAACCAACUUGUUUCUCGCCACGCUUAUUGCUUAGCAGAUCAAAAAAAGGCAAGAAAUCCGACCAAGGAAACAAGCCCAAAGUUGAUGUUUACAAUCAAGUGCUCCCUCUCCCAGAGCUCAUCGCAGAGCCCACAAAUGCACGGUCAAUGUCCUUUGUAGGAACUCACGAGUACCUUGCCCCUGAGAUCAUCAAAGGUGAAGGCCAUGGAAGUCCAGUAGACUGGUGGACAUUCGGAAUCUUUCUCUAUGAGCUUUUGUUUGGCAAAACACCAUUCAAAGGAUCAGGGAAUCGCGCCACAUUGUUCAAUGUGGUAGGAGAAUCUCUCAAGUUCCCCGAGACUCCAACCGUCAGCUUUGCGGCGAAGGACUUGAUCCGAGGUUUGCUAGUGAAAGAACCUCAGCAAAGGAUCGGAUACAGGCGUGGUGCAACUGAGGUAAAACAGCAUCCUUUCUUCCAGAGUAUUAACUGGGCUCUAAUAAGGUGCACAACUCCACCUGAUGUUCCAAAGCCAUUCAAAAAUGAAUUGACUGCAGGUAAGCUGGUUGAUUCCACCCCAUCAACAUCUGGAGAUGUGUCUUUGGGGCUUGAUGUCAAACCAUCUGAUAAAUAUUUGGACAUGGAUUUCUUCUGAUCUUGGUCUUAUAUCUUCUAUUCUUGUCGUUCUUCUUCUUCAUCAUAUUGUGCUGUUCUCACAUACUUUGAACUUUGAAAUUCAAUUCAAUUGCACUGAAAGAAGAUUACUGUUUCUCCA